AUGGCUACUCGUUCAUUAGUUCCAACUUUUAUAACUAAAACAUUUGAGAUGCUUGAGGAUCAAUCUAUAUCUCAUAUCGUUUCUUGGACUGAAGAAGGAUUAAGCUUUGUUGUAAAAAGCUAGAAAUUAUUAUAAUAAUAAGUGUUACCUUAAUAUUUUAAACACCGAAAUUAUUCAAGUUUUCUUAGACAAUUGAAUUUAUAUAAUUUUAAAAAGAGUAAACAUUAGGAUGGCUAAGAGUUUAAACACAAGUGCUUUAGAAAAGGAGUAAAAUAGAUGUUGCAAUUUAUAAAGCGAAGGAAUAAUGAUGAUGGAAAUUAAGAAUCUGUAAAUCCUAAUCAACCAUCUGCUAAACUGAAGGAAGAGUAAAACAUUUUGAGGGUCUGCGCGUCUGAUAUUAAGGAUACUAAUACAAGGUUAGAUGAGGACAUGCAAAUAUUAAAAUAAAAGAGUGGGGUGCUUUUGGAAGAAAUGUGGAAUCUCAAAAAGUUGUUGCAUAGUCAAUUCGAUUAAGUUAAUCAUAAAUUGGAGAGGAUAGACAUCAUCAUAGGAGCAAUGUCUUAACAUAAAAAGUUUAAAAACAUCUCCCAAUACUUCACCACUAAAUUUUUACAGAAUGAACUCCAUACUCUAGAAACUAACCUAAAUUAACCGUUGUUUGAAUCGCCAAAAUAAGAAAUAGAUGAUCAGGAAUAAAUUAAGGCCUUAUUUGAAGAAUUGUAAAAUCUUAGUAAACCAAUCCAUUUUGAUUGAAUCAUGUGUUCAAACAUAGAAAUUUCAUUUUUUC